CCCUGCACCGGCACCGCGGGGAUCCGGGGGGACGAGGGGCAACAGAACUGUCCUGAGUGGAGCUGUUCCAGGGGCGGGCGGCAGCAGGACCGGACACCCCUCAGCUCCCGGUGCUCCGGAGCCGCCAACGGAGCGACCCAUGGCUGUGCCUCGCCAGGUGCCAGUGACGCUGGAGGAGGUGACGGUGUGCUUCUCAGUGGAGGAGUGGGCACUGCUGGAGGAGUGGCAGCGGGAGCUGCACCGCGAGGUGACGGCAGCGACGGCACAGCUGCUGGCAUCUCUUGGUGAAGAAAUGGCGCUUCCCUCUGGCACUGCAGAUGCAGACGGACCACAAGAUGCAGCUGCAGGGCAGGAGCCGCGAGGACCCCCCAGCAGUGCGUCCCUCUGUGCCUUGGUGCGCCUGGUGAGGGACAUCCCCCAGUUCCUCUUUGGCAGCUCCAAUGGUGCGGGGCCACGUGCUGCUGCUGGUGGGGAUAUGGCACUGCGAUCUGAGCUUCUGGGUGCAGGUGGUGAAGCACAGGCAGCUCCGGAGAAUUCCAACCUCAAUGUCUUGGAGGGAGCAGUACCGCCGUGGCAUGGCAGCCCCAGCAGCACAGCGCCCAUGGCACUGCAGUGGGCAGAAGCGCUGGCUGAGAGCUCCCCGCUGUGGAACCUGGAGAGGUGCCUGGAGGAGCUGCCGAGGGGGGACCCCCACCCACCCAGGAUCCCCAGCAGCAGCGAGAGGCACCGGGCAGAGCUGGGGGGGCUGUGCUCGCAUGGAGCUGGGAGCAUUGGGCACAGUCCCCUGCAAGGGCUGCUCGACUGUCUGAGGGCCAUCACCAUCCCAACAACAUCGUGCCAUUCCCCACUGGGGGCUUCCCAUGGCAAGUGGGAGGCUGUGGAGCCAAGUGCCUUGAGGAGUGGGGGCCAGAGCCCCUCUGCAGCAGGUGGGCAAAGCCCAGGUGACAUCAUGCGUCCACCAAAUGGAGAUCUCAAAGUGGACGAGCAUGAACACAUCCACUGGGGAAAUUGGGACAGAAGAGCAGAAGGGGCUGGAGAUGAGUCCUGUGCUGGACGAGGCCCCGCUGCGCAGUCUGCUCCGGUGUCUGAGGUCUGUGGCAGUGCAGGCGCCAUGCCGGGACCCUGUGGGUGCUGCGUUGGCCCUGAGUGGUGCUGAGGCAUCACCUCGACAUUGCCCCAGUGCAGGGACCACGGUGAGCCCUGCAGAGAACUGUGUGCUGGGGGACAGCUGCACUGAUGGCACCGAGAGACCCUCCUCGGGCGGCACCAAGCGCUC